AUGAUAAGCAGCAAAACGGAAUCCCCGUGCUUCGGUGAAGUUGAUGACGGUCUCGGGUGCACCGGAGAGAGCUCGGACGUGGCGCAGGAGUGCUCGGCGAGCUCGACGACGGCAAUAGCGGCUCAGGGACUAGAGAGGGAGUGCGGGGUGGGGAAGGCGCGGGGCUGCGGGCGCAACUUAAAGCGCAGUGACGCUCGUGCCGUUGCGGGGAACGUGGGCGCGGGGGCUAGACGCGUGCUGGCGAAUUCGGGCGACGUGGUGCGGCGGUUGCGAGUGCGGGCGCGGGCGCAAGCGAGCGCGACGAUGAUGCUGACAAUGCUGCAGAGUGCAGGGGUGAAGUACAAUGGCAGCUCGUCGAAUGAGAGCACGCCGGCGCACGGCGCGAGCUCGUUGAGCAGCUUGAAUGGAGCCGCCGGUCCCAAGGGCAGGUCGCUGGCGUCGUCCCAGAACGUGUUCACCCUCGACGGCUAUGGUGCCCGCGGCGACGGCAAGCACGACGACACGCAGGCGCUUGCGAAGGCGUGGAAGGCGGCCUGCGCCUCUCCGCGGGCGGCCGUCGUGCUUGUCCCCAGGGGCAAGCGCUACCUGCUGAAGGUUGUCGGUCUCUCCGGCCCCUGCAAGUCCAGCGUCGUGGCCACGGUGCAGGGCACGCUAGUGGCGUCGCCGAACAGGUCGGACUGGAGCGACAAGGACAGGAGGCUCACCGUCAAUGGCGGCGGCGCAAUCGACGGCAACGGCGAGAGGUGGUGGCCGCACUCGUGCAAGAUCAACAAGGCUCUCCCUUGCGAGGAGGCUCCAACGGCUCUGUCAUUCCACUCCUCAAAUUUGACAGUAGAGAAUAUGAAAAUAGUGAAUAGCCAACAAAUCCACAUGUCGGUCGAGGAUUGCACCGAUGUGCAAUUGCUACGACUGUCUAUCACAGCGCCCGGCACUAAUCCCAACACCGACGGCAUCCACAUCACCGACAACAAAGAUGUGCAGGUUACAAACUGCAUGAUCAAGGCCGGUUCUAGCAAAACUGCUGUGAUUCUGCGAAACCGUGCAAAACACAGGGAUCAGCAGUGGAGGGUUAAUGCUGAUUUGAUAUCAUCUGAUGAAGUCUGA